AUGGCGACGGUGAUUCAGUGCCAUCUGAACCGCAGCCAGGUCGCCGACAAUUUGCUCACACAGCUGUCCCUUGAAAUGGGCGCUGAUGUUGUAGUAAUCAGCGAGCAGUACCGGAACCGGGACUGCUCGUCGUGGUACGUCGACGACCUGGGCGUCGCCGCGCUCUGGGUGAGGGACCUCCAGAAGGUCCCAGUGGUUUGUCGCGGAGCGGGUCGUGGGUUCGUCUGGGCCAAAUCCCGGGACGCUACAUACGUAAGUGUCUAUCUCUCCCCAAACGAUAGCACUUGCGUGUUCCUGGAAAAGCUCGACGACCUGGAAGACGCGCUCCGCGACAUGAACGGCGGGCUCGUUGUGGCAGGCGAUUUCAACGCCAGGGCUCUAGAGUGGGGGAUGCCAGCUCCCAACACCAGGGGCAAACUGGUUAUGGAGAUGGCAUCCAGGCUGGGGUUGAUAGUGCUCAACACCGGCACUACACCGACCUACCGACGACCAGGCUUCGGCGAUUCCAUUCCAGACGUUACUCUGGUUUCGGAGUGUCUGGGUCGCCGAGCCGUGGGCUGGAGGGUGAUGGAAGAUUUCACUGGUAGUGAUCAUCAGUACAUCACCUUCCAGAUAUCGUCCGGUAGGGCGGCACAGCACCGCAAUCCUCAGCGCCCACUUGGCUGGAACACGGCCAAGCUGGGCAAGGAAAAGUUCGCCGAGUGUUUGAGUCGCGGCCUCGGGGCAUACCACCCGCCCCCGGCGAUCGCCCCGAUAGAGGCUUCGCUGAGGCCCUGGUCAGCGAAACCAUGCGGCUCAUCACUCGGGCUUGCGACGCCUCGAUCCCGCGGAAAAAGCCGUGGAAAGGCCGAGCCCAGGCAUACUGGUGGACGGACCAGAUCGCCAGCCUCAGACGGGAGUGUCUGA